AUGGAUGAGCUUCAGGUGCUGCUCGUGGCAGACGAGGCAUCCUUGGAAGUUGUCGAGGAAGCUGCCCGAGAUAUCAUGGCCUCUUAUCCACAGCCUCCCACGGACAUCAGUGAAGAAGAACAUUUGCGUGAACUGCAAGGAUUAGUGCUGGAGUUUGGGGAUUGGAAGUUGUGUGAUUCCCGGGACAGACAGCACAUGUUGAUCUCAAGGUUUAGACUUCGGCUUCUGAAUUUGGGAUGCAAUGAAAAGACGUGCAAGGAAGUUUCAUUGCCUUAUUUGGAGAAUGAGCUGGAGAAUCUGGAAUCGCGUGGUCAUUCAUUCCGAUUUGUUUCGAACUUGAGGUGCAUUCUUCGGGAUUUGAAAGCUUGGAGAUUGCUCUGUGAAGGCAGGCCCAGCACAGAAAUGGAUGAUGAUACUUUUUGGCGCAAAAUGAGUUUUGAACCUCUGUCUCCAAGCGAUUGUUUUGGAGCCCGUUGA